UUGAAGAACUCCCGGCGCUUCCUCCCGAGGCACUUCGUGAUCCGUACAUCGAGGGACAAAAUUGGGAGAAGAUAGUGGCGACUUGCUCUACCCACAGCAGUGUUAGGAAGUUGUUGCAAGAAAGUGGGGGAAUUGGAGUAACAUAUGUUAUUCCUUCGAGUCAGCAGAGGCCGUGGUCUCCUCCUGUCGGCUAUCACUGCCUCUUUGAAUCUUACUUCCAAGAAGACACGAAGUUAUGGUUCCCUGUCCCGCGGUUGGUGACUUCCUAUGCGUUUCGUCGCGACGUUGCUAUGUCUCAGCUUGUGAAUGGAUCGUACCGGAUCGCUGUUGCUCUGAUGAUGAUCGCUGCUGAGGUUAAUAUUUCACUUAGUGUGCGGACGUUCGAAGAAUUGACUUCAGUGAGGGUUCUGCAACCUGGGUUGUUCUCGCUGAGGAUGCGCUCGAGUUAUAAUAUUCUGACGGGUCAUCCAAACAAGACGAAACGUUGGCGACGUUCUUACUUUUACGUUAAAUCAGACGAAUUUGCUUUUGCGGAGCCGCCGAAGGAAGACUUUCGCGUGCUUUGGAACCGUAGACUUGGUAGAUAGCGAUUUGCGCACUGAGACCUACACUUUCCUCGCAUUCUAACCCUUUUCUCUUUUUUGUUUGUUUUGCAGUCCGUCAUCCCAACACGAUCGCAUACCCUGAGAAUUUCUUCGAGGACGCACAAGUUCUUGCGACGCUGAGUCACCGACGUUGGCCUGACCUUAGUCGCGAGUGGGACCGUCGCUUUCAAGAUCGAGUCCUAAGAGAGGCUCGUUGGUUGUCUGACCAAGCUCCGAUCGUUGUUCCGAAGAGGAGACGCCUGUUGUUAUUUACGAGGAAACAACAAGGACUUUUUAACAGAGCUAGAAAGAUGAACGGCGUGGCGGAUUUGAGUGCUCUCCUGAAGGGCAAGCUGGAACUUUUGGCGGCGAGGCAGAACGUCUCGUCUGAAGGGAACCAAUCGAAUGUGCAGCUGUCCGACCCUCCGGCGGAGGCGUCAGAGCCUUCAAAGAAGAAGAAGGGGAAGAAAUCUGGAAAGAAGAGAUCCCGCAGUGAAGUUUCUGAUACGAGUAAGUCGGCUGAACCCCUGAACGGACCCCUGGAUGACCCCUCCGACUGCACAGUUCAUGAGGAACCCUUAAGAAAAAAGAAGAAGGGGACGAAUCCUAACGUUGAAGGUUCUCACGGCGCUGAGAGGACUGAUACAGUCCCGAUUGACACCGUAGGGUCUCCUCUAGCUGAUCGUCAAGAAGAGGCGAGCGAGAAGUCUGCGGGAAAUGACGUCGCAGGUCGUCAGGAGAGGGAUCACCUCCAGGAUGCUAUCGCUGAGAUUCCAGAGUCGUCGAAAGAGAUUUCUUCGAAAAAGAAGAAGACGAAAGCCGUUGAAAAGCAGCCUGGCGUCUCGAUGAGUGCUCCGCCUGCAGGUGGUUCCGCGGGGAGAGACCCUUCGUUUAGGAAGGUUACGCCGGAUUUCCGGGAUCGAGUGAGCUUCUCGUACGAUGAGAAGACUCCUCUUAUCUUUAAUCCUCCAAAGUGCGCUGAACUGACGAGUCAAAUCAAGGGCUCACCGUCCUGCUUCCCUCCGGUUGGCGAGCUCGCCUUCAAGGAGCUUUAUGCUGAGGCCGCGUGCGCCACCAAGAGGGUAACGAGACUUUUUACAUAUCUAUUUUAGUGUGCUAUCGUCCUGAUCUUCUCUAUUUGUGUUACUCAAAGUAUGAAUUUGCUCAUUGAUGCAGAGCGAGGCCAGUAUGAACGUUAUGGUUGCGGCUUACGAGGGCGAGCUGAGACGCACGGUAAUUCAAUUAUCCGCGGCCGAGAAGCUUGCCAGGGCGCGCGACGCUGCGAUUGAUCGCGUAAGGGGGGAACUGAAAGAGGCCCAAGAUAAAGCCCUUGAGGAGAAAGAGAUACUUCCCGGGCAAUUCGAGAAGUUGGAGGCGAUGCUGAAGUCCUCUCAGUCUACGAGGAAGAAGUUGAGGGAGGAGAACGCUGCCUUGAAAGAGAGAAUGGCGUCUCUAGAGGAGGAGCGUACCGCGGAGGGCAAGAGGCUUCGGGAUUCCCGGAUUCGUGAAGUAACUCAGGAGAGGAUCAGGGUUCUAAGCGCUAUGAUAACCAAAGCCAACGUUCGCUUCAACAACAUACGUGACCGCGAGUCCCGCCGUGGUGAGUUCGACAUUGUUCGGAACCUUCACGGGCAGGCAAUGGGUACAAAGAAUUGCCUUGAGAUGAUUCUGAACAGCGGCGCUCAACUCACUCAGGAACACGUUGAUAUGUUUGCUGAGCAGGAGAGGCAGUAUUCUGACGCAGUCUCUCGACUCAGAGUGGAACCUAUUCCGGAGACGGAUCUCUCGCUUUCUCCCUUGAUCCUUCCGUCUCAGUAUGUUGAUGAAGAUGCUUUAGCGUCACUUGAUUUGUUCGGAUCGAACAUGAGCGCGAUCAACGCAGAGACUGUGGCUUGUCUUCAACGCUCCGACCAUGGGGCCGAUCUUCUGGUGGUGACCACCGACGGUACUGAUCAGUCGGGGAAGGUUCCGCCGCUCCUGGAGGAAUCUGCAUUGCCCGAAACUAACUUGGAGGAUGACCCCGCACUUGUAAUUUCCGACGGGUCGUCGAGCGAAGAAGAAGGCGAGAUAGGUGAUUCUCCUUCCCCGCUCCUUGUUAAUCAAGGGGAAGAGUUAGGGGAAACGACGAAGGUUACAGAGGCUGCUGCUUGCGCUGAAUCUUCCAAGGCAAAGGAUGCGACUGCUUUGGGUGCGCGUCCUGAAGAUCGCGAAGGAUAGUUUCCCUUGUGUGUUGUAUUUUAUUUACUUUUUCCCAUUAGGGACCUUUGUUGUUGUAACGUAGUUUGAACUCUCUGCACUCGGAUAUUGUUUCCUUGUUCUCUUUCGGAACUAAUUGCGGAGUUUUGGCCGCUAUUUUCCCGGUUUGGGAUUUAAACCUUCAUCUUUAUUUCUGCUAGUCAAUCUUUUACCAGGUGGUAAUUGAGGCAAGGAACUUGAGUUUAAUCAUCGAGUAACUUGCUGAAGAUAGUAAGCUCCGCUGGGGACGAUUCUACUCGCUGAAGGGAGGGGACCUCUCUGGAGGCGAAUCUGCUCGCCAAAAAGGCUUCUCCUAAUCAUAAUUUUACUCGCUGAAGCGAUGUUCCUACUCAAAUUGCGAUUUUUCUCGCCGAAGCAAUGUUCCCGCUCAAGCCAAUCCUUUACCAGGUGGUAACUCGCUGAAGAUAGGAAGCUUCGCUGGGGACGAUUCUACUCGCUGAAGGGAGGGGAC